AUGCUGCUGGCCCGUACCCUCCGAUCGUCUGCGCUAUCGCGUGCCGCGAGCCACCGCUUCAUUGGCGGGUUCGCAGCUGAUGUGUCAAUGCCUACCGUGUCUGAAAAAGUGGUGAACGUGGUGCUCGUGGACUAUGAGGGGAACCGCCAUAUGGUCAAGGGACGUGCUGGACAGACGCUGCGUCAGGCUUGUGAGAUGAACAGCAUUGGCUACGUCAAGGACGACUCCAUGGGCGGUGGGGGCACGUAUGACGCCCGUCGCGCCGACUUCUACACGGAGUCGCUCUUUGGUGAAGGCUCCUCGUCUCCACAGUCGCACGUCGUGGUUUCGAACGAGUGGCUUAACAAGCUACCGCCUGCUGAUGCGCGUGAGCGUCACAUCAUUGACACGUACGUCCCAGGAGAAGACCGCUCUGCAAACUCUCGUCUGGGCACGGAGAUUGUGCUGCAGAAGGAACUGGAUGGCAUGGUAGUUGCUGUGCCCGAGGCGCCGCCUGUUGAGGAGUACGAGUAUGAGCACGAGUAUGACGAGGACGAUUACGAGUCGUACGAUGAUGAGGAUCAAUGUGCGUAA